GUUAACUCUGUUAAAUAGCAUUCAACUGCAAUCAAAUUUCAGUUUGGAGGCUCAAAGUAUGAUGAUGUGCAACAUACAAGAGUAUGGUGUGAGGUCUUACGUGGAAUAGAAUGCUUUGGAGAAAGGAGAUUCCUCAGUAGUGAAAAGUUUCCUUGCAUCAAGUUAGUAUUAAAAGUGCAUACACACAUGCAUGUAACUAUGUAUCAAGCCUGGAGAAUAGAAGCCUGCGGACACAGGUGUAUUUCUGGUUGUUGCUUCUCUCCUCCUAAAAAGUAACGUUUGCGAACCCGAGCGGCAAACUGAUUUCUGUGACUUAAAAACUUUUGUUUUGGUGUUGGCCAAUCAGAUCAAAGGGUAGAUUACAGCUCGAGUUCAGCUUGAGUGUCCAGCUCCUCGCAUUCUUGUGCGCUUGCGUGUCUAGGAUUUUGGCAAGUGUUGGAACCUGAAUUUCACAACUAUAACAAGGUUUCCUGCGAUGUUGAAUGCUGACUUCUUUGUGAAGCAACGGCUUCUUAAGCUUUGUAUGUGAUGUAGGCCUUUGGUUUCACUUUAUUAAAUAUGGUAGUACUUGACAUUAACAAAACCUGGACCAAAUAAUCGCUAAAGCUAUAAUCACGCUCAGACUCACAAUUAAUUUUAUUUCAGUUUAACCAGUGCUAACAAAAGGUGGUGCAUUGAUUGUACAGACACAUCCUGCACUGAGUCAAAAAUCUCUGACAAUCGCCGUUAAUAAUUCCAAAUCCUGCGAGUACCACCAUUAUACAAUAAUGUGAAAUAUUAUUAAUGUGGGCAUGACUCAACAUGCAAUAAAAAAAUUUACUAGAAGUUAAUUUAUCAUAGUCAAGAUGACAUUUCAGCCAAAACACUUCAACUCAUCUUCUUGUUUUAUAGAAAACUAUAGAAAUUAAAACUUUGAAAAGAACAUGUAUUUAAAGAAUUAAAAGAAUAACUUUAAAUACGCUUUUGAUCUCAUCAAAUUUCUGCCUGAACCAAGAGGCAACCAUGCAUGGGAAAUCAUUUACCACAAUAGUGUCUUACAGCGUAGCUUUCAAAGAUAAAGGAUACGAAACAAUAUUUCAAGCAGCACACAACAAACUAUCAAAGAUUCCUCCAAAGCAAACUUUCAUGCAAGGAACAAGAAAGGAACAAAGAGCGUGAUGCAUCUAAACAGCAAGGUUUGAUAAAUAAUUGACUCCGUAGGCAAAUAGAUAAAAAAUUCCUCUGAUCUCUUCUUCAAUAUGAAUCCUCUUGGUGCUUAUUUCAGCAAUAAGUCCUCCAAUCCUGGCCAAUUUAUUUUUCAUAAACGCAUCUUUCUGAGGGGAAGGGGUGGCUGUACAUAGGUUACAUCAUCCACAAUUCAUUUUUGACUUGUAAACAUAUCCACUGUGCAUGACACUGUGCAUGAUCUUACAAGAAUUCUCACGAGUUAGCUCCUUGAUUUUAAGAGCUAAACUGUGAUUGGCUAGUAAUGUCUUAUGUCACAGAAAUUGUUUGGCCACUCGGGUUCGCAGACAUUACUUUUCGGGUGGAGAGAAGUGACGACCGGCAAUACAUGUACGUCUGUGUUCGCAGGCUAGGAAAAAAGCUGUUACAGUUCAAAAUUGAAUUCAGGUUAAAUUUUUUUAACCUGGGUUGAUUCUCAAUUUCCCUGGUCUCCUAGCCCUAAUUGUUUAGUUUCAAAUUUGUUGCAGCCACUGAAUAGAAACACUGAAGACUCAUUUAUACAGGGUUAGCCUUGACCUAAGGUGACAGUAAAGUCCUUGGAACAACUAUGUCUAUUGUUUUGUUUAUUUAUUUAUUUUUUACUUUUUUAUUUUUAAACUCAAAUUCAGGCACCUUCUCACCGGUAUUUGUGAAUAUUUUACUUAAAGGGUCAAAACUGACCCUGUACAAAUGAGUCUUUAGUGCCUUUAUUCAACAGCCCCAAUGAAUUCAAAACUGGCUUAUUCAUAGUUACAUUGUAAUUUAGUAGACCGAUAAUCUUCGUUAUCUUUAUUGUUUCAAGUUGAAUUUAGCCUGCAAAAAUAGCUGUCUCUCCUCACUCCUUGCUGCUUGGGACUUUUGCCAGGAGGGACAUUUGUGCCUCAGCGACAGAAAUUCCAUACAGAUAAUGUGAAAUCUGUCCGGAAUCUGGUGAGGAGCUCUGACUGGUCGGUGUGGUAGUUAAAUUGUGUUCAGACAAAAGACAAAUGGUUACAAAGGGCAAAUGCAAACAAUAUGAAUCUACUAAAAAGCAGUCACUAUUUGUGGAAUAUAUUCUUCUUUAGAAAACUUAAAACUUUUGCUGGAGCUCAUUCACAGAAGAACACAAAACUUUACCUUAAUAGUCUAGGAGACACAUAAAAUCUUAUGACUGCUGGAUUAAUUAUGUAAACAUUGAUUUACAUCAUUAGUAUGGAAUAAUUAUCUGUAGCUUAGGCACAUACAUCCUUCAUGGCAAAAUGCCCCUUCUAGGCAAGGAGCUAGGAGAGAUAGCUGUUUUGCAGGUUACAGGUAAGUUAAAUCUGAUUUUUGACAAAAUAUAGGAAAGUUUCCUCAGCAUGUGCUGCAUCCUGAGGCACCUUCAAUACGAGUAGUCAGUUGCCUUUGUUUCAUGUAACAUUACUAAACCUCUGACUACCCUGCUUUAAAACUGGCCUGAAUUUCAGACGAUUACUUCAAUUUUUUUCUCCUCUCAGCAACUGAAGGAUUAAAACCAACUCGAAGUAAUUGUCUGAAAUUCAGGCUAGCUUUAAAACCUUCUUUUACAGUUUUAACAUCAGAUAAUGGCAUUAAAAAGGUUAACCUUUUAUUCACACGCUCUGUUAUGGAUUGAUUAUAUGUUGUGGUUCUGGUCUCCAGAUACUCUGGCCAUCGGUUUGUGACCACCCUCUUGUACUCCAUUCUGUUGGGAUUCCUAGGCGUGGAUCGCUUCUGUCUGGGUCACACU